GGCGGAGCUACGAUCCGCCGACAGACAUUUGUCCUUCUCGUCGCCCAUUGCGCGGCUUUCAAUCGUAGCCCCGCCUUCGCACGGCUAGCGGUGGGCGGGGCCAGGAGGGAAGGAGCGCCUGUCGUAGCGGAGCUCCGCACGCGCUGGUGAUGGGCUUGGGUGUUAGCGCGUGAUUGAUUGCCUCGUGAGUACAAGGCGAGAGCCGCUAUGCGCACGCGACCAUUCGGGUACUCCAAGAGCCGUCUGGCAUAACUAGGCACCCCCUUCUCCUUGUCCGUCAAACUACCUGUGCGCAGUUCUUCAAUCCUCUUUCAAAGCACAACAGCCGCCACUUCUUCUACUAAACAGCAGUUAGCCGCUCCGCCGCCUCGGCUCUCCAACCACUACGACGACUUUUGGAGAGCCUUCGAUUCAACUUCGUCUGACUCCGUCGUCGUCGUCGCUUGGUGGUUCCAGCAACUUUUGCAUCGCCAACAAGGCAUCGACUUUCACAAGUAGUCAUCGGCGAUGUUACUUCACCGUGUCUGUUUCCUGGACGGGUACUUGUGAGUUCUCGGCGCUUCAAGUGCUGCCUGACUUUACGACACGAAUUUCACGAUUGAGAUUUUGUGUGUGCGAUUUUAUGAACGUUUUUCUCAGCAUCACUAACUUCCUCAUUUUCAACUUCGUAAUUAGAAGACAUCAUCUUGAGUGUCCAUCAGAUCCUCUAAUUUACACCCGUGUCUGGGCUGUGCUAACACCUGGAUUACUUGACCACAACAAACCUCACACAACCGACCAAGGUACCUGUGGCUCUGAUUUUUAAAACCUACCUGUGUGAAAAACCAGUGUGGACAAUUUAGAACAGUGGACUGGGACUCGAACACAGACCUGCACCACGACAAAAAAAUUUCGGACAACGGAAAGAUUGAUCAAGACAAUCCGAAGGUGAGGCAGACGGCAAGUUAACCAAUCAGAUCGCCUCGGCGAGGUCCAGUGAAGCGGGUGUGCUGACCCUUAGUGGUACCCGAGAAGUGGACUUGCAUUCGACAACGACAACGACAACCAAAGUGGCGGCGGCAGUAGACGCCAGCGCUCUGGCCUUCGGCGGACUGACCGCAAUGUCCCUGAGCCCCAAGCACGCGCAUUCCACCCCGUUCUCCGUCACGGACAUCCUGUCGCCGCUGGAACACGAGUACAAGAAGACCAUUGAAGCUGCGAUUCCCCUGACACCCUACCGCAGCGCCGGCGGACAGCAUCAUCAUCACCAGAGCAUGAGUGCCAUGGGGGGCAUGGGGGGUAUGUCCGUACCCGUCACCAACCCUUACUACAAUGUCCCGCAACUGACCCACCACACCGCGGGAUUCCCGGCUGCACAAUACUGCAAUGGCUCGGAACUCGGGUACGACCCCACGGGUCGCAGCUCCGCGGGAUGGUACAGUUCCAACCCGGAUCCCCGCUUCGCCUUUUCCCGCCUGUCCAUGAACCCAAGCUCUUGUGCAAUGUCCUCGAUGUCCAUGGGGUCUAUGUCUUCAGGGAUGAACCCGGCGCUGGGGAUGCUGGAGCAGCACAAGGGCGCCGCCAUGCAGUUCCCGUUGGCCCAGCGGAGGAAGCGGCGAGUUCUGUUUUCACAGGCACAGGUGUACGAACUCGAGAGAAGGUUUAAACAGCAGAAAUAUCUGUCUGCACCUGAGCGAGAGCACCUGGCCUCCAUGAUCAACCUGACACCAACCCAAGUGAAAAUCUGGUUCCAGAACCACCGCUACAAGAACAAGCGAAUGCAAAAAGACAAAGAGAAGUUGGAAGCCGGCCGAGAGUCCUCGGGAUCUCAGUCGGGAGGAUCGGGAAGUCAGAGUUCCGGCGGUGGUGGGGGAUCCGGAGGGUCCUCUCAGAAACAAGGCAACGGGGGAGGCGGGAACAACCCUUCGCCUCGCAGAGUGGCCGUCCCUGUCUUGGUCAAGGAUGGCAAGCCCACCAGCAAUGGGGAGGGCCCUACCGUUGGUGGAGGGCAGACCUCAGCACCACAGGCCCACUCCUCCUCUUCGUCCUCGUCGUCUCAUUCUUCCGCCUCCGCCCUGCACAUGGGAGGGUCGGUGCCCUCUCCCGUGGCCCAGGUCUCGUCCCUCCACUCUUGCGCGGUGCCGUCCAGCAAACUGUCUCAAGGGGGAUCCCUUAGCUCGCCCACACUGCCUGAACUGUCCGCCAGCGCCAUGGGAGGUCAUCACCAUGGCAGCGGACAAGGGAUGGGCUACUACGCUUCAGCUGCAGCGGUGGGCGGAGGUUCACUGACCAACUCCCCGUAUCUCAUCAACGGCCGGACAUGGUGAGAUGGGCAGCAGGUAGGACGUGAGAGCGAGAAGUGAACGAGUUGCAUGAGGGACAAACUGUCUUCUGGAUGCUCAGGCCCUUCGUUGACGAACUUCCGGUUGCACGGCAGACACAGCGCUUAACUUUCUUCGUGCGGACGGGCACAGGAUUCUACCUCCGGCUCCAAGGAAUCAUGACCACACUCUUUGACUUUUCACAGCCUGGAAGUCUUGUAUAUACACACUCAUGAAUGUUGCAAGGUUGAGACUUGCAGACCUUAGGAACAAAUGAACUGAAGCAGGUGCAAGCAGGUGUGGUAACGGACAAACCGCUAAGCUAGUUACCUGGAGUUUGAGCAUUUCCACCAAGUUAACAUUUGACACGGUUCAGUUCAUCAGCGCUGGUCUAGGGAAGAAUUCGAGGAACGCCAGCAGUUGUACCAAGAACAGAGAAGUUUUAAACUGGACAGAUAUGUCCAAAAUAUUUUCAACUUACCAACAGCCUAAUAGUCUAACUGCCUAACCAGAAAGAUGGAGAGUGAAAGACGAUGAACGCUCUGCUUUUCAGAUAAAGCUGAGGUCAUGUGACCAGCACGGGACUUCCUGACCAGGUUAGGGACACUCUCCCCUUUGUCUCUGCUACCUGGCGAACCACCUUGAUUGAACCCUCUUUCUCAGGAUGCAUGCCUGACUUGAAUCGUCGAUGGGAAUUCAGAGGUCCCGCCGGACAGUCAGUCGAUGUUGCUCCAGUCUGUGACUCCCAACAAGAAUGUUAGGACCACAGCCUGGUAAUAGCCGCAGUAGAGAGAUGUUACUGCUGCUGCUACUAACAUAUAUUUUCCGUUGGAAAACGAAAACUUUCAGCAGUCUCUUCAGAACGACUCAUUUUUCACUCGUUUGACAAGAAUUGUCAGAGGUCUCGACUAUAUCUGCUUCAUCUGGUGAAGACAUCGCAGUGUUCUUGAAGUCAAUGUGCCAUACUGGUGUCACCACCUACUGACCUGUACAAAGUGGUAGUUACAACCAGGCUGUAAGGAAAAAAGGUAAUGGAGCAUCACAAUAAUUCAUAAUUAUUUUGAACUACACCUAGGCCUGUUAUCCCGUUCCCCAAGAAGAAAAGGUUCUACAAUGUAUCCCCCUUAGUGACGAGCUCUCCAUGUAACAAAAAAGAAACCAGAACUGUAUUCAAAAAAUGAAGACACUGUGACCGGCCCCUCUCUUACUUGCUAUUCGCUGAUCUGUGUCAGAGAAUUAUUCAACAUUCACCCACAUGGUGAAAUAUUCAGCAAGGUGAGAAGGGUCAGCGACUAGUUCAAGAAGUAACCAACAGGGAGGCAUCACGGUUACCUGUCCGCUCGUUAGUUCUUUGAUGUCUAAAAAAGCUUUGUCUUUUUUCUCCAAGGCUUUGUAGCUUCCUGUAUGAUUACAGAAACCAAAAUCUGAAGACUUUGAAGAACUCACUGGUUUUAGUUUUCUAUCACACAUGCCACGUCUUCAACAUCCACCAAUGUCAGGUGAGGACAGACUAGGAAUUAUUUCCUGCGAGUUUCUCUGGACCCAGAAACUGCAUUCAGAAAAAAAACUACAUCGCUCUUAAAUUAGAAAUCUCGCAUGAAAAAAAAUGAAGCAUGUGUAGCAGACGAACCAGCAUAUACAGCUGUCUUUUUUUCAAAUAUCUGACAAUUUUUAAUCUUGUGCAACUGAAUUCAGACUUUUCUUCUUUUAUCUUUUAGUGUAAAAGGUGUAAAUACGAGAUAUUUGUUUACUGUACUGUACAGCAAGAGUACACUGCAUUCAUGAGGUCAGUGUAGACAAGACUGAACAUUUUGCAUGUGUGCAUGAACAUUGUCCAAACUGACUUUGGAAUAGUAUCCAGAACUAUUUCCUGCAUCGUCUGUGUUUAUCCGCGAGUGUUGUGUCUGUUCAGGACUACUGUGUGCAUCCACUAUAACUGAUUACCGCAAAACUUACAUCAUGUCUCCUAAAUUAUCUACUGAUACAUCAUGAUCUUUUUGUUUGUAGAUAAAUACUUCUGUUCUGCAUCUGCUUCUUUGUUUAUGUGGCACUAAACAAUGUACCCUAGCAUUUAUUUUUAAUCAACACUUUCAUUGUGUGGGACCUUAACUUGGGUGGAGUGAGACUUCCUCAGGCAAGGGGUUAACUGAGGUCAGUGACUGACCUUUGGUAUUUUAUUUACUGCGAAGAUCAUUUCUUCAAAAUAAUGUCUUCUUUUGCGGAUUAUCUAAUAGAUUAACAGAAAAUAUUUUGUAAACAAAUUUGAGUAAACAAAUUUUUAUUCGCGACAAGGGGCUAUUGUGUUUGUCAUUCUUUCUACAAGAACUUCCUCGCUUAGAGUGAACACGACUCACUCCUUCCCCAUCUAGAGACAAAGAAAAAGGGAGAAAUACUGCUGGCUAUCUCUGACAGGGCUUGGCAGUAGGAAUUUAAUUUUAAGCCUUCAUCAAUAUAGGACUUACUCGAUAAAUGAUUUUCUGAAAAUCAUUUAUUUAUGUUUAUCCGUUAAUUUAUUUAUUUAUUAGCAAGGACGAACAUAAAUUAAAUAGCUUUGAAUGUCGAUUUGCUCAAUGAUUUUAUAAAUACAAUAUGCGUAAACAUUUUAAAAAAGAUAUUUGUGAUCUAUGCGUAUGAAAUACGAAAACUAUAAAAGAUCAAAGGUCAAGACAAAGGCCAUGUACACGAUUUUUCUGUCGAUUUUAUUUAUCUAUUUUAUUAUUGUCUCUUCUGCCAUGUUUUUGAUAGCGAAAUGUCUUGUCGUUCGCCUCUUUCUUUCUUGACCAAAAACGCUCAAGCAAACUACUUUCCACUCCUGAAUAAUUACAAUGCAUACAGCAAACUAUUUAACUAAAAUAUUUCCCAAAAGAAAACUCCUUCCACAAACAUUUCUUAUCUCAUUGCCAUAUACUCUCGUUGAUGACAAACGAAGUGAAAUAUGUCGAGGUAAAUGGUGUAAAAGACAAGCCUGAAUCUCUAGCUAAAACUUUUGUUUUUUCCUCAAACGAGUUCGCAGUCAUUUAAUUAAUUAAUCCACCUAACAAUUGCUCUUGAAAAAUAAAGCCAGCGUUAGACAGAAAAUGCGAGAAAAGGAACUAACUGAUCAUAAACACUCGCCGAACAACAAACGAAAUAAGUAAAAAAUUUUUUUCCUUUUUUACACCAAUUACAGAGAAAAAUUAAUAUGCUCAAUUAAUUUUUAAUUGACCAUUUUUUUAGAAACACUAAAUCCUCAAUGUAUUUAUCAGCAUAUCAUAGACGCAACUUCACUUUAAUAAAAAUAAUUAUUAUUAUUAUUUUGAAAAAAAAUUAGUUACCCUCCCGUUUAAAAUGCCAAAUAUAAGUUUAAUAUAUCGAAAUGCAUCGCUCUAAUGGUAAAUAUCGUGGACAAAAGAAGACAGCAUAAACAAUAUCAGGUAAAAAUCAAAUCUCAUUUUUUGGAAUUAUUGUCCUUGAGUGGUUCUUGCACAUCAUAACAGAUUUCCCCAACUGGCUCCUGUUUGUUAGAGGCUUGGUUUACUAAUGCUUCACCCACCACAAGAAAGUCAACUUGUUCCCAGCACCUGAAAAAAUCACUGGUCUGCCUCUUUCCUGUGUUUUUUAAAAGUGAGUAUAGGUAUACUUGUUUCUGUUGUAUUUUUUGUUAAAGAUUUACCAUCACUAACAUUAGUUUACAUGAUUAGAAUCAGGAUCCGCCAGGGAUAGAAGACAGGACUUUCUCGAACACAAAUCGGUUCUGAUUUUCCCGAAAUAAAAAAUUAAAAAUAAAAGUUAAAAAUGGAUAGAAGGAGAGGAGAACUAUUGGCGGAGAGCUCGAGGUCUGGAAGACACACAGCUCUUGGCUGGGUCAAAACACGCCGACAUCGAAGCAAGUGCCAGUCAAUUAGUGCCAGGAAAAUCAAUCAAUCCUUCGGUUUGUCUCCAGCAGCAUCCACUCGUCUACAAAGCCACACCUUGUCUGAUCACGUGACAUGACAUCAUCCUAGCUUUUUUUUUUUUUUUUUUUUGGAAGGCGGGAGGGAACGGUUAUGCAGAGAAGAAGUAACUUAUCGUCACUGCUCAGAAAUUCUAUUGAUUAUUGAUCUUGAUUCGGAAAGAAACCUUUCUACAAAUAGUUAAUUGGAUUUUGUUAAAGGUUCGGUGUCUUGUCAUUGUGUCAACUCGCCCUUCAGACAUGUUCUUGGCUGUUCCUUUCUCUGUGAAUCAUUUUCCGUAUUAUCAAGUGCAUUCCUGUG